UUCCCAGAUUAAUCGUAGUGAAUUGUCUUCAGCGAUGGAGUUGCGCGAAAUAAAUCGCAUUUUUGACUCUGCAGAAGAGACUACGGAACUUCUUCCGCCGUCCCAUCGCGAUAACGCGGAAAUGGAAAGCUACUUCAUCGAGUAUGCCAUUCAGAAGGAGAUAAUAAAUCGUAAUCGAUGUCCUGCCAGUCGUCGUUUGCUUAGCCAAACUGCUCACUUGGCAGACUUUAAUGUUACCAACGGCAACCAACAAAAGGAUUCGCCAUGCGUUGGUAUCAGUAUGAUACACACUUCGAACGCAAAUUGGCCUCCUUCUAGAAAGAGAGAAGAAGCGAAAGCAUUGGAAAACCUCCGAAAAAGAGUGGACCAAUCAAAAUUGUAUAAAGCGAAUCGAAUUUCAGAUACCUGCGGAUCGACUUCUGCAUCUUCGGUCUUGAAUAACGAACAAACCGAGCGGCUCGAUAAUCGGCCAAAGCUCUUAAAAAAGAUCCUGAGUAACAGACCGAUGAGUAUCGCGCACGACAGUAACGAUCUGGAGACCGACUGGCGAGACAGCGAAUUUAUUACCGAAUGUUUGUGCUGGCACAAUGUCUAUCGACAGAGGCACAACGCCCCACCGCUAACGAUGUCCCCUCAGUUAUGCGAAUAUGCGCAAACGUGGGCUAAUCACUUGGCACAUACGAAUACGUUCUACUACAGAAACGAUCGAGAAGUGGGGCAGAAUCUUUAUUGUCGACCCGGUGGUGCAGUUCCUACCGACGUAACUGGACAAGACGUCGCAUCUUAUUGGUACUCCGCGGUGAAACAAUACGACUUUUUAAAAGAACCGGAUAUUCUUCAUGCCAACGUGAACGCAGGACACUUCACGCAACUAAUUUGGGGAAGCAGUCGUUAUUUUGGAGUUGGAAAAGCGCGCAGUAGAAGUGGAAAAAUAAUCGUGGUAGCCAACUAUCGACCGGUGGGUAAUAUAUCUGGACACUUUCAGAAUAACGUGUUGCCACCUUUGCCGGAAAAUGUGAAUAUGGCUUUAUCGCCAACGCCUCAGGCGUCGACGAAACUCUUUCGAGAACAUUAUGUUGCGUCUGAUUCGCCGCCACCAGCGUCGUCCCCCGCGCCGCUUUCGGAUACCGCGUCGACGGAUAGCGACCGUUCUUCCAUCGGUUCCGCGCAAUAAUACAGACGACCAAAUUGCCUCUUCUGCGUUUGCACGCGCGGAUGGGACGGACGUUGAUCGGUUUCGAUAUUACCGUCUUCCUCGCAUCCAACCACCUUUUUUGCAUUAUGCAUCUCCCCCCUUCUCUCUAUCCCAAUGGCGCAAUUAAUAAUUCUUUGAAUCUCAAUAUAUGUAUAAAGUGAAACUUUUAAUUUUGAAAGAAAUAGAAUCAAAAAUCAAACGGAACUUUCGCAUAUACACUAUUUAAAAAGAAAUGUUCGUCGUUAACUACAUUAAUCGGAGACUAAUUGAUACUAUGUGUUUUCUUUUUUCUUAUAAAAUCAUUUUCGGUUACGCCACUGGUCUACCCACCUCCUUCCCUCGCGUGUACUUUAAUCAAGGUACGCAGACUGCGAUGAAUCUGGCUAUGAAAAACAAGCCGAGGGCAGAGACAGACAUGAUUUUCGAUCGAACAACUAACUAUCUUUCUGUGUUUAUUAACUAUUUAAUUCUAAGAUUAUAACUCUAGUUUUGAUUCUACAUGCAAGAAUGUCGACUAUCUCUGCCGAGGGGGGAAUCUAACUUUCAUCAAGAAGUGAAGAACUGAGAGAAAGAAAUACGCUUACAAAGUAUACAUAAAUUCAUAUACGUAAAUAUAAUUAUAAGCAGGUGAAUAAGUACGUAUACUCGUUUCUCCGUAUAUAUGUAUACGUAUUUAUUUACUCGUUUAUUCGAGCGACGAGAGAACGAGGGAAGGGAAAAAAGAGAGAACCUUGAUAUUCUCGGUUUAAAACUCGCGUGCAAAUCUCGUGAAGCAGGCAUACGUUGCGUGAGUCCUGAUACUUUUUUAUCGAUAAUCCUCGCGCAACACGCGUAUAUUCUAGGAGACCUUGAUUCAUGACAAAUAAAGUGUGAUACAAUGCUAAGAAUGAUUACUGCGAUCGUUAACAGUUUUACACGUAAGAUACUUUCACGGUCCGGUUCUUCUUUGGAUUUUGUGUAAGUUGCGCGAACGAUGGGUGAAUAUACUUUCAAUACCAUGACAAAGACAGUCUUUGAGGAAAUGAAUCGAAAUUUUCGUACGUGCACUAUAUUGUUUGCUUUCUAUUAUUACGUAAAGAUGGCAGAUGAAAAGUUGUGGAAAAUAUGAAUAGUAUCUAGUAAUGUUUGCUUAAUCGCAGAUCCCACAAAGAUUGACUGAAACAAACGACCGCGAUAGUAGUGGACUGCGUGUCCAAGAAAGUACAAACUGUAUGCAGGACUAUUUACAAGGAAACGUCACAAACUAUGAGAUGUUGAUAUUGAAGAACUAUGCUGCAUUUCGUCGUACCCAUUGUUCAAUUUUAAGGUCGAAACUGCCCGUUAUGUUCGUGCCUAUCUCUCCUAAAUUACAAACGUCUGUUUGGACCUGUCUUAUCAUGGAUAAGAUUGUUAACUCUGAUGUAAGGAGAGUGGGUUCUUCCUUAAAUACGAAAGCAGAAGGCACUGAGAAAUAGCAUAGUUCUUAGGUUGGAUCAAUAAACAUGUAUGCAAAGUUUCAUCGGUAUUAACGUUUGAAAGUUCGCAUUGUUUCCUUGUUAGUCGAGUUCCAUGUAUCACUGCAUACACGCUAGUUAAUUCUUCUCUCAAGGUGCGAAUGUUAAAUUCAGGUAUCGAUCUUUCCCCGUUACAGUAAUAAUCAUAAUGUAUGUAUGUAUAAACG